UCCUAUAGCACAAAACCGUGUGUUGUUUCUUGGUUGGAAACUUAAGAUGACUAAGAAGAAGUUGGAAACUCUCAUGGUGAAAAUGAGAGGCUUAAGCCUUCUUUGUCUUGGAGGAUGCUUUGACAGCUGCUACGAUCACACUCAAACCUAUGGGUUAGGGACAAGGAUUUGGAACUUGAGUGAUGGACCAGUGGAGUUGCAGAUAAGAGUGGGAUCAAUACUUAAGAAGGUUCAUACUUUGAAGCCAGGGUGUUGUAAGAGACUGAAAAGUAAACGCAUUUACAAGGCAUAUAUGCCUGGUAAGAAUGGCAAUGAUUUGAAGAGCUUGCUUUAUUACUAUGAUGAAACCAGUCACCCUUAUGUUUGGAUUCAUGACAAAGGGGGUGAUUCCUUGAGGAUGGUCAAACAACAGUAUAUUAGCCUUGAGGAUUUGAGAGAUUCUUCUGAGAUCAAGAUCUUAAGGGAUCAUCAGAGAGGUUGCAUUUCAGUUCUCAAGACAACUAGGCCAGAUUUCUGCUGAAUUUCAAUGUCAUUUCUUGCUUCAUUAAUCACUACUUUAAUUUGUCAUGGGUAGGAAAUAAAAUUUCAUGUUUGCAUUCUUUGCUGAGUGUUAUCAAUGGCAGAAUGAAGUAGUCCAUGAUCAUGUUUAAGUAUUUGAAAACGUGUUAGAUUUUCUGUAUGCACCUUCGUGAAGAUAUAUUAGAAGUCACUCAUGAGUCUUCAGUAGCUUAGGGUUUUGAAUGCGUUGUUCUUUUACACUUUGUGUUGUAUUUGUUGUAAGUUAUAACUUAUAACACAUGAUUAAUUGAGAGUGGAUAAUAUUGAAUCA